AUGGCCCCGACCCGAGUUGGCAUCAUCGGCUUGUCCACGGCUCAGAAACCCGGAGGCGCCGGGGCCUGGGCCGCCUCUACCCAUCUACCUUCUCUCCAGAGCCUGCCCGAGUACGAGAUCGUCGCACUCGCAAAUUCGACGGUCGAGUCGGCGAAGAGGUCCAUUGCCGCCCACAAUCUCCCGGCGACUACCAAGGCAUACGGAAGCCCCGAAGACAUUGCCAGCGACCCUGAAGUUGACCUAGUCGUGGUGUCCGUGCAGGUCGGGAAGCACUAUAAGCUUGUCAAGCCUGCUCUUCUGCAGAAGAAGCAGGUAUUUGUGGAGUGGCCGCUGGCCGUGACAAUGGACGAAGUCGAGGAGCUCGCUCAGCUGGCCAGAGAUGGCGACAUAGCCACCGCCGUGGGGGUCCAGUCUCGAGCAGCACCGGCCGUCCAAAAGCUGAAGGAGAUAGUCUCCAGUGGCCAGCUGGGGAGAAUUAUCAGUUCCACAGUUGUAGCGUCGACGGCAAGGAUUGACACGGAGAAAUGGCCCGAAAACUUGACGUAUUACUUGGACGCCUCGAGUGGAGGUAACGAGUACACAAUUGCCUUUGGUCAUUUCCUCGAUGCGUUCGUUCACGUCCUGGGUGGCCUCACCGACACGCAAGCCAUUCUGAAGACCCAAUACAAGACCUCACAGCUGGUCGGCUCCGACGGCCAGCUCCUAAAUCGCACAGUCCAGAAGACAGCUCCAGAUCACAUCCUCGUGCAAGGAAUCACCGAAGGGGGUGCUGUUGCAUCAAUUGCCUUUAGGAAACCCAAGGGCCCGGUUGACGACACCGGGAUUCGCUGGAUAAUCACCGGAACCGAAGGCGAAGCUUCCAUUGUAGGAGAUGGGUGGUGGCAGAUGAUGGACAAGGAGUUGAAGCUGCAAGUCAAGGUUGGCACUGAACCAACGCAGACGAUCGACUUUGACUCGUAUAGAGUCCCUGCAGUGGAAAAGGUGUCGCCACUGGCCGCGAACGUCGCCUCUUUAUAUGAUGGCUUUGCGAAGGGCGAUACGACAAAGUAUGCGACCUUCGAGUCCGCUGCGAGGACGCACCGCAUCCUAGAGAGGAUCAAGAAAGCUGCCAUUGUACAGUAG